CGCCCCCCGUUUCCCCGCGCCAUCUCCACGUGGCCGCCCCCAUGGCCGCCGGCUCCCGCUGUGGGUCUGCCCCACAGCCCCCGUUCUCCUGCCGGGAAUGCGGUAAGUGCUUCCGCUGGUCCUCGCGCCUGGCCCAUCACCAGCGCAGCCACACGGCCGAGCGCCCCUACCAGUGCUCCCAGUGCCCCAAGGCCUUCAAGGGCUCCUCGGCGCUGCUCUACCACCAGCGCGGCCACACCGGCGAGCGGCCCUACCCGUGUCCCCAGUGCCCCAAGGCCUUCAAGCGCUCCUCACUGCUCCAGACCCACCAGCGGGUCCAUACUGGGCUCAGAGCCUUCGAGUGUGCCCAAUGCGGCCUCACCUUCAAGUGGGCCUCACAUUACCAGUACCACCAGCGGCAGCACACGGGCGAGCGGCCCUACCGCUGCCCCGAGUGCCCCAAGGCCUUCAAGAACUCGUCCAGCCUCCGGCGGCACCGGCAGCUGCACACGGGCGAGCGGCCCCACACGUGUGGGGUGUGCGGCAAGGCCUUCGCCCAGCCCUCCAACCUGCGGCAGCACCAGCGGGUGCACACGGGUGAGCGGCCCUAUGCCUGCCCCCAGUGCCCCAAGACCUUCACCCACUCCUCGAACCUCCGGCUCCAUCACCGCAGCCACACCGGUGCCCGGCCCCACCAGUGCCCCCAGCCCCCCACGCUGCCGAGCCCCACACCGGCCCCACCGGAGCCCCCCCCAUGGCGCUGCUCCUUGUGCCCGCUGAGCCUCGGCAGCCACCAGGAGCUGCUGGGCCACCAAAGGAGCCAUCGGUUGCCAACACCGGCACCAUCACCCCCAUCCCCUCGCCCCACCAAGACCUUGGUGCCGCGGCACCGCCACGGCCCCCCCGCUGCCCAGCGCCCAUUCAAGGGCCCCAAGGCUGCCCCACACUUAGGGGGGGGCUUCCCCCAUGGCACGACCGCGGCAUCGGAGCGCCCAUACCAGUGCCCUGAGUGUGGCAAAGCCUUCAAGGGCUCCUCGGGGCUGCGGUACCACCUGCGGGACCACACCGGCGAGCGGCCCUACCCGUGUCCCCAGUGCCCCAAGGCCUUCAAGCGCUCCUCACUGCUCCAGACCCACCAGCGGGUCCAUACUGGGCUCAGAGCCUUUGAGUGUGCCCAAUGCGGCCUCACCUUCAAGUGGGCCUCGCAUUACCAGUACCACCAGCGGCAGCACACGGGCGAGCGGCCCUACCGCUGCCCCGAGUGCCCCAAGGCCUUCAAGAACUCAUCCAGCCUGCGGCGGCACCGGCAGCUGCACACGGGCGAGCGGCCCCACACGUGUGGGGUGUGCGGCAAGGCCUUCGCCCAGCCCUCCAACCUGCGGCAGCACCAGCGGGUGCACACGGGUGAGCGGCCCUAUGCCUGUCCCCAGUGCCCCAAGACCUUCACCCACUCCUCCAACCUGCGGCUCCAUCGUCGCACCCACACCGGCGCCCGGCCCCACCGCUGCCCGCUCUGUGCCAAGGCCUUCACCGUGGCCUCAUACCUGCAGCGGCACCUGCGCAGCCACCCCACACCCCGGCCCCAGGCUCUGCUCCUGCUGCACGGCCCCAGCCCCACACCUGCCCCACGGAAGCUCCUGGUGCUGCCCGGCCCCAUGGCGGAGCCCUCCGAUGCCAGCCAUGGGUCCCAGGUGCUGGUGGUGCCCGGGGCAACGUGGGGCAGUGGGGUUGUCAUCCUAAAGAGUGGUGCCAAUGGGGGGAUCCCAUCGAGUGGGGGGCAGGCCCCACUGGUGGCCAAUGGGCAGCUCCAAGCCCUACCACAGCCAUUGGAUGUCACCAGCGUCCAGCUCCAUGCAUCCGAGGUGGCCACCAUCCAGCUCCAUGCACCCAAGGUGGCCAAUGGGCAGCUCCAAGCUCUUCCACAGGCCCCCAAGGUGGCCACCAUCCAGCUCCAUGCAUCUGAAGUGGCCAAUGGGCAACUCCAAGCCUUGCCAUCACCAUUGGAUGUCACCAGUGUCCAGCUCCAAGCAUCCAAGGUGGCCAAUGGGCAUCUCCAAACCCUACCACAGUCAUUGGAUGCCACCACCAUCCAGCUCCAGGGUGCUGAGAUGGCCAAUGGGCAGCUCCAAGCUCUUCCACAGGCCUCCAAGGUGGCCACCAUCCAGCUCCAAGCAUCCAAGGUAGCCAAUGGCCAGCUCCAAGCCUUGCCACCACCAUUGGAUGUCACCAGUGUCCAGCUCCAAGCAUCCGAGGUGGCCACCAUCCAGCUCCAAGCUCUUCCACAGGCCCCCAAGGUGGCCACCAUCCAGCUCCAGCCCAUGGAGGUGGCCAACAUCCAGCUCCAGAGCACAGAGGUGCCCAGUGGCCAUCUGGAAGCCACCGAGGUGCCCAACGGCCUCCAGAGCACUGAGGUGCUCGGGGUCCACAUCCAGGUGACUGAGGAGCCUGGUGCCCAGCACCAGGGGAUGGAGGUGCCCAAUGUCCAACUCAAGCCCCUUGAGGUGCCCAAUGUCCCAGUAAAGCCCAUUGAGGUACCCAGCAUCCAACUGAAGCCUAUGGAGGUGCCCAGUGUCCAACUCAAGACCUUGGAGAUUCCCAGUGUCCAACUGAAGCCCAUGGAGAUUCCCAACGUCCAACUGAACAUUGAGGUACCCAAUGUCCAAGUAAAGAACUUGGAGGUGCCCAACAUCUACCUGAAGCCUAUGGAGGUUUCUAAUGUCCAACUGAAGCCUGUUGAGGUGCCCAAUGCCCAAUUGAACACUGAGGUGCCCAGCGUCCAAGUAAAGACCUUGGAAGUGCCCAAUGUCCAACUAAAGACCUUGGAGAUGCCCAAUGCCCAACUAAAGACCAUCGGGGUACCCAACAUCCAACUCAAGCCCAUGGAGAUGCCCAGUGCCCAACUGAACAUUGAGGUACCCAACGUCCAAGUAAAGACCUUGGAGGUACCCAGCAUCCAACUGAAGACCUUGGAGAUGCCCAAUGCCCAACUCAAGGCCUUGGAGGUACCCAAUGUCCAACUGAAGCCUAUGGAGGUGUCUAACGUCCAACUCAAGCCCAUUGAGGUGCCCAAUGCCCAACUGAACACUGAGGUGCCCAGCGUCCAAGUACAGACCUUGGAGGUACCCAAUGCCCAACUGAAGCCCAUUGAGGUACCAAGUGCCCAGCUCAAGCCCAUGGAGAUGCCCAAUGUCCAACUGAAGCCCAAGGAGGUACCCAACAUCCAACUGAACAUUGAGGUACCCAGCGUCCAAGUAAAGACCUUGGAGGUACCCAAUGUCCAACUCAAGCCCAUGGUGAUGCCCAGUGUCCAACUGAACAUUGAGGUACCCAACAUCCAACUGAAGCCCAUUGAGGUACCCAGUGCCCAGCUCAAGCCCAUGGAGAUGCCCAAUGUCCAACUGAAGCCGAUGGAGGUACCCAACAUCCAACUGAACAUUGAGGUGCCCAAUGUCCAAGUAAAGACCUUGGAGAUGCCCAAUGCCCAACUCAAGAGCAUCGGGGUACCCAACAUCCAACUGAAGCCUAUGGAGGUGUCUAACGUCCAACUCAAGCCCAUUGAGGUGCCCAGUGUCCAAGUGAACACUGAGGUGCCCAAGAUCCAAGUAGGGACCUUGGAGAUGCCCAAAGUCCAACUCAAGCCCAUGGAGAUGCCCAGUGUCCAACAGAAGCCCAUGGAGGUACCCAACGUCCAACUGAACAUUGAGGUACCCAAUGUCCAAGUAAAGACCUUGGAGAUGCCCAAUGCCCAACUCAAGCCCAUGGAGAUGCCCAAUGCCCAAGUGAACAUUGAGGUACCCAACGUCCAAGUAAAGACCAUGGAGGUGCCCAAAGUCCAACUAAAGACCAUCGGGGUACCCAACAUCCAACUGAAGCCCAUUGAGGUGCCCAACGCCCAACUCAAGCCUAUGGAGGUGCCCAACAUCCAACUGAAGCCUAUGGAGGUGCCCAACGUCCAACUCAAGCCUAUGGAGGUGCCCAACAUCCAACUGAAGCCUAUGGAGGUGCCCAAUGCCCAACUCAAGACUAUGGAGAUGCCCAGUGUCCAAGUAAAGACCUUGGAGGUACCCAAUGUCCAGCUAAAGUACAUCGGGGUACCCAACAUCCAACUCAAGCCUAUGGAGAUGCCCAAUGCCCAACUGAACAUUGAGGUACCCAACGUCCAACUCAAGCCCAUGGAGAUGCCCAAUGCCCAACUCAAGCCCAUUGAGGUGCCCAACGUCCACCUGAAGCCCCUGGAGGUGCCCCAGGCCCCCCCCGAGCUGCUCAUGGCCGGUCCCCCCCCAUCCCCAUCCAUGGGGCUGCCCCCGAUGCUGCUGCUGCUGCAGGGGCCUGGGGGGGGCCCUGCCCGGCUCCUCCUGCUCCAGCCCCACACCCGGGGGGGCACCGGGGGGGACAUGGGGACACCGGAGCUGAGCAAUGGGCCCCUGGUGCACACGUGAUGGGGCAGCACCGGCACAACAGGGACACCCCAUGGAGCCCCCAUGGACACCCUAUGGA